CUCGGGCAUCUCCUGGCCGCCGCCGCGCUGCAGCUCGUGCCCGAGGGCAACGGUGCAAGCCCUUCCCCCACCUUGGCACCCCCACUCAGCAUGGUGGUGAAUGGCGAGAGGAAGACGCUGGUGAUGUGCAUGGUGGACGAUCUCCCUGAGGGCACGGCGGAUGCCAUCUGGUUUUCAAAUGAGAAUGGGAGUGCCUUGGACUCCUUCACGUAUGGGUUUUCUCAGGCAGAGGACGGCACCUUCAGCGCAGUCUCUCACCUCUCGGUCCUCACCACAGAGCUGGAGUCAUGGGCUUCGGUUGCCUGCCAUGUGCAGCUGAACAAAACCACCCGAGUGUGGAGUGCCACCCUGCUGCCAGUUUCUGAAGAGAUCAUGGGAGAGACAUGUCCAGAUGAAGACGAAGGUGCUCUGCAUUUCCGGUCCUACACUCUGCUUCUCUUGGCCAUCAGAGUUUUGUUGCUAAAGUUCCUCCUGCUUGAUGUACUGGUCACCUGUAGCUUCCUCUUCAGAGGGGAGCUGCACUCUCCAGGGCCUUAUCUGCACUGCUAUGGAGCCCCUCCUGCUAGUGAUGUGCUGAUGUAGUGCCCCCAAGCAAAGAGGUAGUGUAUGCUGACAGUUUUUUCCUGUUCAGUAGAACAGCAAACUCAGAUAGCAAAAGUUCUCUUCUGCUUGCAGGGGUCUGUAGAAAUUAUGAGAGUUCACUUUCACAUACAGCCAGUCCCCUUUAGAAGUAAAUAUUUUGGGCCCUGUAACCAACAAGUGUCAUUUGCCACUGAUUUCCUCUGAAGGCCAGGCCAUGCUGUGUAUGACCUACAAGCUGGGGGUAUGAUUGUCUUCUGAAUGUUGUGGCUUAGCAGGACUUCAAACACAAGCCACCUGGGGUUUGCUGUGCCUCUGCAGCAUCUCCUCUGCUCAGGCAAAACAAAGAGUUCUACAAAAUAGCAGCAGAAUGAAUUGUGGGUUUGGAUGUACCUGCAACUUUUGCCAGCAGAACUUGAGUUCUUCCAGCAAACUUGUGCAUUGUAAACUAUAUCUAACUGUGCUUUUAACACUGGAUUGCUGCUGUCAUGGCAUCCAUCACCUGAGGGAACUGCUCCUCUGAAUUAUGGGUUCCUCCUCAGGUAUGCACUGUGUGUUUGCAAGGGUAACGAGAACACGGGAAAAAUCUUUUGAUGUUUUGUUGAUUACGGGUCACAAAAGGAUUUCCUCAGAAUGAAAAAAAGCAUCCAAUUAUUUGAUACAUCACUAUAAUAAGUCAAAACUGGAGUGUGCUCUUGUGUAUCUGGUGAAUCUUCUAUCCAUGAAUGUGCUUCAGUGACUUCAUGUCCUAAAGUGCCCUUUUUUGCCCCUCACUCUUGUUGACUGCAUUUUCACACUAGUGCUGCAAGUGAGAGGGGAACAGUGGAGAAAACCCUGGUCAUGCCAUUCACUCCCCCUUUCAGAAUCCACUCUGCCCCUGUGUAACACAGGCCUAUUUAUUGUUUAAGGGACAAUGCCCGCUCAGAAAUGCUCAAAGCCUCCCUUAGAAGGGAGGCCAGCAACUGGGUAAGCAGCAACUUAUUCCUUGGUACUAUUCAAAAUAACAGGAAUGAGAGUGAGGUCAUAGUUUUAAAACAAGUGCACCAAGUUGUGGGGACGGGGGGACUGAGCACAGCACACUGGAUAGCGCCUGCUUGCUCUCAAACAAGUCCAAGGAACCAGUGGAUACUGCCUAGUGAAACUGCCUGGAGAUGGGAUCUCACAAGUGAAAGGAAAGUUUCCCAGCAGAUCCUGGGGCCCCUCUUGGCCACAGCCUCCUUCCUGGUAAGAUAGAUGGUCUGGCUCCUGUGUAAACACAGGUUACUGGGCAAGGCAGACCUACAGUUUGACCUAGUAAAUGGCUGUUCUCGUGCCUAUGUUCUCAGGUACUUUUUGGGCCCUGACUGAAGUUCAGACUGAAGUAGCCACAGAGGGUCUGGACAGAUGUUCAUUUUCAAUGCUACAAAUACUGCUCUAAUUUUGAAAGCUUCAACUAGAAUGCUUCAGUUUUGUGCAAAUAUGUAAGAUACCCCUUGCUUUCCUUGCCAAGUGCUUCGAAAUACCCACAAAGGUACACAGCACCAGUGCUCUUCAGAUCUUCCUGCAUGCCUCUUGGCCUCCUGAGGGCAGCCAAGUGCUGUGGAGGAGAGCAUGUGUUUGCUGUCUACCUCAAGGGAAGGGAAAGCAGAUCACUGUGGGAUAAAAGGACUGAAUCCCUUACUGCACUGUGGUGGAGGGUGUAGACAUUUCAGAAAGUGCUUUGGACAUAUUUGAAAUGCUUCAUUAGGCAUGAACAUCUGCAUCCUUGCCGUUUGUAUCACUUCAAAGACACUCAGCGCACUUCAAAUAGCACACCUGCUCAUGGUGAGAGAAUUGGUGGCUAGAGUAUGCUUGUGGGGAGGCCAGGCGAGCAUAUGUGAAGUGAGAUAUGGGCAGGGCACAGUUAGGGCAAAAGAUGAAUGGUGGAAAUGAGAAAGGAUAGAAGGGGCAUAAAUGGCAGAGCCUCAAGCCCUUCAACCACUCAGCAACUACCUACAGCUUGAAAAAGCUACACCUAGGGAAACAUGGAGAUUUUACAUAAAUGAAACACCAGUGUGAUGGCAUAUUUUAUUAAUGAAAUUUGCAUAAAUAACAUCAAUCACUAUAUCUGCAAAAUAACUGCACUGAAUGUCACUCAAGUCCUAGUACCCUCAGAGCCUGCCUAGAUAACAUCCACCCCUGUCCCAGACUCUACUAAGAUUUUUCACCUAAAAAAGCCUUUUGGUAUAUACAAACCUGCAGAAAUGAGGUAAGAAAGGAUGCUGCUGCUUCUGUAAUGAAUUCACUUCAGACAACAGGGUAGGGCAGGGGUGGGCAAAAUGUGGCCCCAGGGCUAGAUGCGGCCCACUAGGCCAUUCUAUCUGGCCUGCGGGGCCCCUAAAAAAUUUA